AUGACAUCGGUGCCCGCUACACUUGGCGUUUAUGACCAUGACUGGUACAAACGCAAUAGCCGCGAAGAUCCCGAGGACACAGCAGAUAUCGAUCCCACGGUGACUCCCAUCGACACUACCGGCCAAAAUGGAGGCCCUGACACGGCUAUCGAUGAAAAGACGAAAACAGCGAAGCGAGGCAAAGAUUUGUCGACAGCUUAUAUUGCGAGUCAACGACACGGGGGUCUCCAUGCGCCUCUCAUGAACGUAAACCUCGGCAGGCCCCCUCCGAAGCUGGAGCACUCUGGAGAUUGGAAGUUCAUCGAGUUUAUCCCAGAAUGGACAGAUCCGUUGUGGUAUGACUCCAAACUGGAGGUCGAGGCUUCCGAUCCUCACCAUCGAAUCAUUCGUCCGCAUAACCUCCUGCGGCACUUGCGGCCGGCACAGCUUCCGAUGGACCGCAUCCAUAACCCCACUGCCAUGGCCCUGAGAUAUGGCAUAUUUCCGGGACGGACUGAUGGACGAUCCCGGAUGACGCCUACCAGGAGUACCUUCCGCAGGUUUGCCGUUGAGGGUGUCCCGCGUGAUGAUAUACAUGGCUUGUACAUUGCGCAGCAGGCCAAAGCGUUGGCGGUGAGAUCUGGAGUUGGUGACGUGGACGAUCUCCUGAAGAAAUAUUCGGCCAUGGACUCCAAUGCGAGAAGUCGAAUAUCGGCACGAGAUGAGUUUGUCCUCCAGGCGAUGCAAGACAUGCAGGACGAUGAAGAUUGGCAGUCGACUUUCUUCUUCGGUAUCACCACUAAUGAUGUGAGUUCCGCGUUCAGGGUUGCAUACGAAUCUUACUAA